AUGCCUUGGUGGGGGGGGUCGAAAGAGCCUCGAUCGAAGCCCGAGGCGGCAGAGCCAACGGUCGAAACGUCCGAUAGCUCGUCCUCGUUUGACCCCAAGAAACUUCCCAAGAGGGAAAGGCUUCCCAAAGGUUUGCAAACCAUCGUAGACAAGGCAGAUGGCGACAGCGGUUUCUUCGAUGACCUGCGCGAAGGAUACGUCCCUCCGUCGACCGACAGCAACCUCCGUUAUGCCGCCUACGCGACCAGAUUUCGGACCAUCCUCCAGUCGGCACACCGCUAUGUCGCGUACACGUCCGACAUUGGUGAAUCCUUCCGUCCCGUCGCCCACCCUCACCUCGUUCGAACGGCGUACGGGAUUUCUUGGAUCUACAUCUUGGGCGAUGUCUCGUAUGAGGGCUACAAGGCGUACCGGCACAAUCAGCGAAUUCUCCACCCCGAACGGCAACUCAUGCCUCAUCAAGAAAAAAAUACCGGUCUAACGGUCGACGAGGCGAAGGAUCUCAAGCCCGGCGUCGUCUCACCCCUCGAGGACUGGCGAACGGUCAUGGUGCAGCGAGGCAUCUUCCAGAGCGUCGCGAGCAUGGGACUCCCUGCUUUCACAAUCCACAGCGUCGUCCGCUACUCUGGACGGGCCAUGAAAAAUGUGAAGAACACGGCCAUUCGAACAUGGACCCCCAUCGGCCUUGGUCUUGCCGUCGUCCCCUUCUUGCCAGCCGUAUUUGACAAGCCGGUCGAGGAGGCGAUCGAGUGGGCUUUUCACAAGGGCUUCUCGGCCGCGGGCGGAAAGUCAUACGUGGGCGACGCACCUACAAUAGGCCGAGAGGAUCUGCUUGACAAACGGCCGAAAACGAAAGAGGAAUAA